CUCAAAAGCUGUGAAUGCGAAAGUGAGUUCCUUCUGCUAGACUAUAGCUAUGGACAAAAAAAGAAUUGUGAUUGUGUACGUGUGUGCAAUUCUGCUUAGCCUUAGUGUAGGCAUGUCAGUUGAACAAUUUAUUAGUACAACAGCAACUAAAUCUAGAUCUACAACCGAUGCUCCUGCGGAUCUUGUUCCUGUGUCCGAUUCUCUUCCUGGUGGAACCAGCUACCCACUGCAAGAGAAACAGUGUGAUUUCGGGACUAGUAUCGAUAACCAAGCUGCCUUCCCUUCACAUUUUGCUGAAAGAAAUCUACUAUACAUUGACACAGGAAAUCCUGCAACCUGCUCAGGGAGAGUUGCAGCAUGGGAGCUUUGCUAUCAGACUAGUGGGCUGGAUUCCAGUACCUUUGAUUUGCUAUUGCUCAGUCAGGUCAGUGGUGGGUACCGUAUUCAUACAAGUCAGAUUGUGACCAUAGAACAGCCAAUUUUUGGAGAAGAAACAAUAGACGUUGCUUGUGUCUACGUAACUGCUGGUGAAAAUGUAUCAAUCACUCAUGGAGAUUAUAUCGGUUUUGUUUGUAAUGAUGAUAUCAAAACUAGACUUGCUCCUAAAAUAGAUACCGAUGCUUUAAGUUCCCUACGAGUGUUCAAUCUUAGUUCUUCAACACAAAGACAAAGAAUGGCAAAUAGACCAGCUGUGGAUGUUGACUAUGUUCCAUCCGACGAACUUAAACCAGUCAGUGAUAAUCUUAUUUCCCAGUUUCGGAUCGUAAUAAGUAAGACAUUUACACUAACACUUUUACUGAGUUUUAAGUAUACUUAUGAUAUAAUAGAUAAGAGUGAGGAGAGAACACCAUCAACACAGGCACCUUGUAGAGGACCAACGACAACAUGGACACCAGUGUUCACUGCUGUUGUAAUAGCUUCAGCAGUGGUGAUAUUUGUGCUGUUCUUAAUGGUGUGCCUAAUGGCAUGCUGCAUUUGCCAGCUUAAGUUUAAAUGUUGUAGAUGCUCCAAAAAGAAAAAAGUGAUACAUAAAAUUACUGUGGAGCCUAUAACUGACCAGAGUAUGCAAUACAAUGAUCUUUACGUUCCUCAAGACCCAUCUCAAAUUAUCACAGGUGGAGAACGGCUGAGAGCAACCAUUCAUGGUAAUCCUGCUUAUGACACACCCAAAUAUUUUCCAGCCACACACAACCUCAGCGCAAUGCCCAGUCAAGACGCUUUAAGCACAGCUACUGAACUAUCCAUCUUGGAGCAAUACCACUCACCUAAAGAAGCAACUAACAAACUUACAGCAUAUCGACCUGAAUCCACCAUAUCAUUGGCUGGUAUUAAUCCUGGUGUCACAAGUGAUAUGGACUUUGAUAUGCAAGACAUAUUCGAGGAAAGUAGAGAAAUUGAGCAUACUUAUGAAAUGAUUCAGAGUGGGAAGAUUAUUAGAUGAUUCGUAUAUACACAUUCAUUUGCCUGAUUGAGAUCUAGUUU